AUGGACGUGGGUCUCUCCAGCCUGCCAGUUGUAUCUCAGGGUUGCAGCAAGACCCUGCGGGGAGCACGCGGCAGGGGUCCGGCCAUCCGGAGGCAGCGGGAGUUCAUGCCGGAAGAGAAGAAGGACACAGUUUACUGGGAGAAGCGGAGGAAGAACAACGAAGCCGCCAAGAGGUCCCGGGAAAAGCGGCGUCUCAAUGACGCGGCCCUCGAGGGCAGGCUAGCCCUGCUGCUGGAGGAAAACGCUCUGCUCAGGGCUGAGCUGUGGACACUGAGGCAUCGCUUUGGCCUUUUGCCCUCCGUCGCUGGCUCCCGGGCCCUGCCCCUGCAGGCCAUGCUGUGGGAGGCCCCCUGGACUGGGGACCCCUGCUCUAGGGCCGACCCCCUCCCCUCCCUCUCUGGCUCCCGUGGCUGCUUUUUGAGGCCAUGCGCCCUGGACACUGGGGUUCCGGGAUGCGGGGGCUGUCUGGUGGCCCACAGGUGGACUGGUCUGGCCACCUCCCCCAGGUGCCCGCAGGACCCUGCGCCCCCUGCCCCCAAGAGAAUGGACAUGGCCUUGCAGGCUGCCCUCCCAGCUGCCUUAUUCAGUUGUCACCUCCUGGAUGGGCAUGGGGGGACCAGACCGGAGCUCAGGCCCUUCUGGAGGCUGUGGUCACCCAUGCCCACUGGUUACCAGGCUUCGGGGCCCUCAGAUGUGUUGCUCACACCCUCUGCUGACCCGAUGGAGCUGCCUCCCGGGGUGGUCUAUCCUGUCCCAGGGAAUGACUCCGAGGGUCAGCCCUCCCUGCCCCACAAACUGCGCAUCAAGUCCCAAGCCUCGGGCAGAGUGCCUCCAGGGCGGGCGGAUGGCCGGGGUCCCCUCUGA